AUUUGACAGCUUGCAUUAAAUUUUGACCGGAGAACGUAUUUCAACGAUGGCGUAUUUUUCUAGAUAUGAACUAUUCCAAUUUAUUAAUAAUUAAAAAGAAAUUAAGGACUUAAAAACAUAGAAGAGUGUUUGAAAGAAAGAAAAGAAAAAGUGUAAAUUAACUUUCUACAAAAUAUGAUUUCAGAGAAGUGAUGCUAGAAAUAAAUAGCAAAGUGGGUGAAAAAGUGUGGAAAUGUUGAAGAAAAUGUUUGGUCGGAGGUUGGUGAUGUCGCGAUCGUGGACGUCGAAGUCGAUUUUGUUUUUGCGUUGGAGCAGUGUGAUUUGUUUCGGUUUAUGUGUUUUGAUUGCAUCAGCCGCGGUGACUGCGACAACAGUCACGCCAGGCGCAACAAAAAUAAAAACAGUUGAAAAUGCACAUAACAUAUCGAAAGAAAAUGGAAAUAACAGUACAUCUGAGGAUAAUACUGCAACCGAACAAGUACGAGUGUACCGCCUGAGGGAGGCAUGCACUGAUUUGGCGCGAGACGAAGAAACAUUAAUGGUUUUCUCAACAUUGGGGGGCGGAUUAACCGCCAUCGAUCCGAUAACAACUGAAAUUCGUUGGACCAUAGCAGACGAUCCUCCGAUACGCGCUGAGCAAGAGCAAAAUGUGCAAGUGCCACAAUAUUUUCCAGAUCCGCGAGAUGGCAGUAUUUACCAACUUAGUGAUUUGGGCAACUUGAAGAAAUUGCCCUACACCAUACCACAGUUGGUGGCCAGUGCGCCUUGUCGCUCGUCUGAUGGCAUCCUGUAUUCGGGCAAAAAGAGCGAUACUUGGUUCAUGGUCGAUCCUAAGUCGGGUAGACGUGAGAAAGUCAUGGGCUUCGGGUCGGGCGGUUCACAAGCCGCACAAAAUCCCGAUGAAAAUGAAAAUAGAGCAAAGCAUAGCAAUUCGCAUUCUAUCUACUUGGGACGCACACAGUACACCGUAAUGAUGUACGACAGCUUGGCCAAAGGAAAAAAUGCUAAGCCUUGGAAUAUCACUUUCUAUGAUUACAGUGCGCACACCAUGACGCCAGAUAUAUCUAAAGAAUAUGAAUAUUUACAUUUAACCACCACAUCCAAUGGCAAUGUAGUCACUUUGAAUCGCAAGAAUGGUAAAUUUCUGUGGAAGCACGAUCUAACGAGUCCCGUAGUGGCGGCAUUUCUGCUCGGUUCGGAGGGAUUGCUAAGCGUGCCUUUUACCACUGUCUCCGAUGAGGCUUUCGAAGCCAUUCUGGAAGAAUCCAAAACCGGCAAUGUGAAUACCAUCAAACUAUUCCAAUCGCUUUAUGUUGGCGAGCAUAGUCAUGGCUUAUAUGCGUUGCCAUCGUUGGUGGAUAAAGAUACACCACGCAUUUCAGCAAGCUCUCCAAUAAAACUUUUGGAUGGCCCCAAUUCUGUUGGUGAUGAAUCAGAUUCCAAAAUGGUUUAUCUGGACGAUGUUAUACGCAAAAAUGUUGGCAUUGUUCUCGGCCAUUAUAAUAUGCCGAACGAAGGUUCUUUGGAAAUAUCGCCUUCGCCCGCAAAAGAUGAAAACAACCAUGACUUGGCUACCAUCAAUCAUUACCCCGAUGUCACCACUAUGGGCUCCAACGGCUAUAGCAUUCUAACAGAAUCGAAUAGCGAGAAGAAUUCCGCUGAAAUUGGCGUACAAACUGACCCAGUAAUUGAAAUAAAAACAGAUUCAACUAACGCCUUUAACAAGACAAAAAGGAUCAUUCUGGCGAAUAGCAAUCGAAUACAAAAAUUCUUCAACGAAUGGUUUAUGGAUCAUCCGAGCGGCCAAGUGCAUCAGAUACUGAUCGUUUUGGUUUUGGUUAUGGUCGCCAUGUUCUGGUACAUGUGCAGCACGAUGCGUGAGCUGAAAUAUCAAAGUGAAAAUGGUUCUAAAACUUACUCUGGUUCCAACAAGAGUAGCACUGCCAGCAGUAGUGUAAAUGCAAAGGACCUGAUUGAUCUUGGCGAUGGAAAUAUACGAGUCGGAAAAAUUUCCUUUAACUCAAAUGAGGUAUUAGGCAAAGGGUGCGAGGGCACAUUUGUGUUCAGAGGCAGUUUUGAGGAGCGCUCUGUGGCGGUGAAACGGCUGCUGCCUGAAUGUUUCACAUUUGCCGAUCGUGAGGUGGCUUUGUUGCGUGAAAGCGAUGCGCACGAAAAUGUGGUGCGCUAUUUCUGCACAGAACAGGAUCGGCAGUUUCGUUAUAUAGCAGUGGAGUUGUGUGCGGCUACGCUGCAGGAUUAUACAGAGGGUGAGCGUAGCAGUGAGCUGCGUUCACAGAUCAACGUUUGGGAGAUAUUGCGCCAAGCGGCAGCUGGUGUGAGUCACUUGCAUUCAUUGAAUAUCGUGCAUCGCGAUAUCAAGCCGCAAAACGUUUUACUUUCAUUGCCCGAUGUCAGUGGCACAGUUCGCAUUAUGAUAUCCGAUUUCGGUUUAUGCAAGAAGUUGAAUUAUGGCAAGGCCAGCUUUUCACGCCGCUCUGGCGUUACCGGCACAGAUGGUUGGAUUGCGCCCGAAAUGAUGCGCGGCCAACGCACGACAACUGCUGUGGACAUUUUUUCACUUGGGUGUGUCUACUAUUAUGUGCUCACUGCUGGUUAUCACGCUUUUGGCGAUGCGCUCAAGCGGCAGCACAACAUACUGUCGCACGAGUACAAUCUGUCGAAACUUAAGGUGGACACAGAUAAUGAAACGAGCAUGCCCGAGGAGGCGAGCAAAUUUAUUCUUGCUGAACAGUUAAUAGCAGAUAUGAUUCAUAAUGACGCGCAAUGUCGUCCGCUGGCGCGCUGUAUAAGCGCCCAUCCGGUCUUCUGGAAUAACCAGAAGAUACUGGCAUUCCUACAGGAUGUCAGCGAUCGCGUUGAGAAGCUGCAGUUUCAUGUGGAACCGUUGAAGUCGUUGGAAAAGAAUGGUCGCUACAUUGUGCGCAACGACUGGAAUGCGCACGUCGAUCCACUCAUAACGGAUGACUUGCGCAAGUAUCGCGGUUAUAUGGGCGCCAGUGUACGCGACUUACUGCGCGCGCUUCGCAAUAAAAAACACCAUUACCACGAACUCAGUCCGGAAGUGCAGCAAUUACUGGGUUGCAUUCCGAAUGACUUUACCAAUUAUUGGAUUAAUAAAUUCCCCGAAUUAAUAUCCCAUGCGUAUCAUGCAUUUACUAUCUGUGCGGAAGAGCCUAUUUUUAGGCAUUAUUACAACACCAACUAUCGCUUCAGUCGCCCAUGGUAUUUCGAUGCAGACGAAAAUCUUUUCCCAUCGCUAAAAGACGAUCCCAAACCUUUGAUGAAGCAAACUGCGACGGGCACUAAAGACGAGAGCGCCAGCCCGAAACGCCUGCCGCGCACCCUUGACAAACAACAACAACAAGUGAAGCAGCGCAAAGGUGUUUAUAAAUUCCGCAAAAAGUCCGACCCGGAGGCUGUUGGUGUUGGCGUUGGUUUGCAACGCAACCUGGAGUUAAUGCCCACCUCUGCUUCAGUGGCAGCUGAGGAAGGGGAUGAUGCGGGCAACAAACGAGAUGCGUACGCGAAUUUUAAAUUUCGCCGGAACUAUGGCAAAUCAGCAAAUCGUAAUUUUAGUAAUUUGAAUGCGAAUGACAACAGUAAUAAUGAGGGCAACAAAGAAAAAAUCGUUACAUGGACGUUGCCAAGCAAGCCGGCGAACGAUGAAUGAGAAAGUAAAUUACACAAAAAUUAUUACUUAGUUUAAUUAAGUAAACUUUUUUAAUUAAGUACACUGUUAGCAAGUAUUUAGCUUAGAUUGAUAGCUAUUUUAACUUUUAAACAAUUUUUAUUACAAGGACGUUAUGUAGAUUAGGAAGAGGAUCAGUUCUUUCCUGGUAAAGUGCUAUGACAACCAUACGAACUUUUUCGAAGCAAUGCCACUUUGGCUCAGGGUUUGGCAUUUUGCCCUAUCACUGAAUUGCAUUAUCACUAUUUUUUUAGUGGCAGUUGAAAUAAGGGUUUCAUGAUCCAUAAAUAUUCAGUUGUUUAGCUUUCUUUCCGCUAAAUCUUCAGUUUCCGCUUAUUGCAUUAAUUAUUUAGUGCAUUAUGCCCAACCCUGCUAUGGCAUUAUUAUUUUGGAUCUAACGUUGUGAUAGUACGAACGUACAAAUUUGUAAUUCCCUAUAUGAAAAAGCUUUAAAACAGGUAAAAAUGUGAAUAUUUUUGGAAAAGUAAACUUUUAAUGAUUGAAGCAAAUGGUCUUUUAUACAUUUUUUUUGAUUUGUAAUUAAAUUAACCACUCCGUUGGGUACCUUUUUAUACUUUUUUCUUGUAAGCCCUGCGCUGGGCACCUUUUUUAAAACGUUCAGUUUGUCACGCGGGUCUGGCCCUUUUUCGUACUGUUCGAGGAUCCUUUUUAAAAGGUUAUAUCCAUAAAUCGGUAGAAAAUAAAAUUUUAGGAAGUUACCGGGAAGUUCAAGACUUCGGCUAUAAUAGACUUCAGCUAAUGUGUUGAAACUCACACCCAAAAUGGAAAAAAUCUGGCCGGGUGCCCAAUGGAGGGUUAAGCGAGGAAGCGCAUAGAAUAGACCUCUGCUAACAAAGCUUAUGAACGUGGAGAAAGUAUUAAGACAAGUUGUACUCCUACCAGACAACAGCUCAACGCUAGGCAAAAAUUUUUUUUGAAAAAAAAAACAUAUUCUAACCCUUUGCACUCGGAGACCAUUUUCACAUUUCCUUCCAACAACUCGAUAAUGAUAUAUAUAUUUUAUCAUCAAAAAUGUUGCUGUUGUUGUUGUUAUCAUCAAAUGCGUUUUUAGUUAAAAAAAUAAAACAUUAAAAUAUAUAAUUUUUGCAUGAAUUUAUAAUUUUCUAGAGUCUGCAUUUCGAAUUACCGAAAUAAAUGCUCAUGCCAGCAGUGCUGGUAUUCCGAGUGCAAAGGGCUAAGCUUUGUUGUUGCUGUAACAGCAUAAAACAUUCCCCAUAUAUUUUGGGGCAGGUACUACUGAAAGUGACAGUCCUUGGCCGAUUAUAGGCACGACUGUCGUAUUUAAGUCGCAGAACAUGCCUCCAGCCACUACAUAUCCAUAUAUUUUUCCACUUAUUAAGAGUGGCCGCAAAGCCUUUUUGUUUUUUUGUAUGCUCCUGAAACUCUUUGGCUUAAGUUGUUGUUGUUGUUGUAGUAGCAUAAACAUUCCUUAUAGAUAUAUGGUGAAUGCUGCUGAAGUGACAGUCUUGGCCGAAUAUAAAUCCCAUUUGUACCGGUUACGUAGAACCGACUGUCGUGGGAACGAUUUGGCUUAAGUCUCAAUAAGUUGAUUUCUAAUUGAGUAUUCUCAAUCCCAGAAGUGAUUUCAAAAAGAGAUUCCUUCAAAAAUAAAAAAAUAAUGAUAAAAAAUGUUCCGCCAGUUUUAUGCUAGGAAAUAAUAACUUGUGAAUAUCACAAAUUGAAGCAACGCCAUGAAUAACGUCAAGCGACAAAAUUGAACGACUUUUUUACAACCUUCGGUUGGGCGCCUUGGUCUGACCCUUUUUUUGUUAUGUUCAAAGGAUACUUUUUUAAAGGUUAUAACCAUAAAUCGAUAAAAAAUUAAAUUUUGGGAAGCUACCUGGAAGCCUAAAAAACAGAAAAAGAUUAGAAAUAAGCAGUCGCUCCUCCAAAUGUAUUUCUGCCAUGAAGAAGUUCCUCAUUAAAACCAUUUGCCGUUCGGAGUCGGCUUAAAACUGUAGGUCCCACCAUUGGUGGAUCAGCAUCAAGACGCACAUCACAAAUAGGAGGAGGAGCUCGGCCAAACACCUUGCAGAAGUAUUACGCGCCAAUUAUUUAUUUUAUUUUUAUUUUUACCUGGAAGCUCAAGGCGUUAGCGAUAAUAGAAAUACUAUAUGUUAAAUUCACGUCCGAAGUCGCAAAAGCCAGUCUGGCCAGAUCCGGAGGGUUAAAUUGAAAAAAAAAGGAUUUACAAAUUUGAAUAAUGGAGAAGUGUUUUAUCUCUCAAUGGAUGCUAACAAGUGUUGCCUGUUCCCACGACAGUCAGUUCUACGUAACUGGAAUGCCUCGGAUUUAUAUCCCGCCAUGGAUUGUCAUUUCGAUACAACAACUACAACAGUAACAACAAGUUUUUCCACUAAGCGUAACCUAUUUUUUUGAUUGUCGCUUAAAACGUUAUUCACGGCGCUGAUUCAAUAGCGUAAAAAAGUGUGACUAAAUACGCAAAGUUGGCUUGCUCCACUUGCAAAUUAUUUUUUGUUCUAUUUUGGUUUUUGGGUGCGAAUAUCGCGCAAUAAAAUUUUAGUUCUAUGAAGAUCGCCACUCGGUGGGCAAACGUUUUCGAAUCUCUGCACUGAAAAAGCUUGUCGUCAGCCAUUCGGAGACGGCAAAAAUAGAACUACGGACGCCUAAAUAUCGUCCGAAUUUUCGAAUUAAAUAUUUUGCGUCACUGCGAUUUAUUUGAUUGAAUUUGCAAUGCUCAAAACAUCUACAUAUUGACCUUAUGGCUGUACUAAUUGAAAGCUGUGCAUGCAUGCGCCGAAUUUUGUACCAAAACCCUUUUUCGAAUCAUGACAAUAUAAGUAUUUUCUUACAUCCGUAUAUUUCUUAUUCAAAAAACACUUAAUUGAGUGUAAAAAAUUAUGGGGACAACGAAAUUCAAGUUACAUAAAAUUGAUGCAUUUCAUGACGAAUAGAAUAAAUCACUAAAUUUGAAAAAUAAGUGUGAAAUUGGAGAAACAAACAUACAAACUUGUAUGUAUGUAAUGUACGAUAAAAAGCGCGAUCCUUUCAAUCCACACUUUGGAGUAGUUGUUGAAAAUUAGUUUUUUUUUUAAGAUAUUGGCUGAGAAAUAAAUAUAAAAAAGUUUCUUUUGUUGGCGAAUAUUCAAACAAAUAAGUUUGAAAAAUAUAUAAAAAAGUGCAAUUUUUAGCAAUUGUAAUUUUAUUAAUUAUAAUAUUUUGCAUUAAUUUUUUUGCAUAUAGCAAAUAGCGGCAAUUAUUUAGCGCACUGUCGAUUGAAAAGAAUCGCUGCUUAGAAAUCAGAAAAAGUGUCUGUCAAAUGCACGUAAAUUGUCUGUGAUAACAUUUACUGUUAAACUUAAGAAUUGUAUAAACACAAAAAAAAAAAAAAUAAAUAAAAAAUAAAAAUAAAUGCUUACAGUUUAGACUGUUUGCUUUUGUUUGCAAGUGAAAAUCAAAAACGAAAACUACUAUUUUACAUAAAAUAAAGCAUUUUUAGUUGCACAAUUCGGCCCCAAGCACCCAAACACUUUUUAUAAUACUUUAGAUUCGAUAUUGUUUAUAAGUGAUACAAAAAUUAUAAUUGCAAUAAUUAAUAAAAAAAUAUAUAUUAAAAAAAAAACAAAAAA